GUUGUUGUUGCAGAUGCAGUUCUGUGGCUGUUUGCUGUUGUCCUGCCUGCUGUCCAUCACUCUGCUCCACUGCGGCGCCGAUGCCUUCAGGGUCCAACCCGCUCAGCACGUAGACCGGCCCGCGUCCAGGUCUUCGGCGGGUCUUCGUCCCAGAGGGGCGAAGGCGGGGGAGGAGCUAACGGCGAAGCUGCUCCGAUUGGACGACCAGGUGAGGAUGGAGAAUGACGUCAUGGAGCCAAAGAAGAAGAGGAGUUUCCCCGGCAACAACGCCCCGCUGGACCGCCUGUCGGUCAACUCCAUGGAAACCAAACAGGGGACCAACAAGCAGAGCAAGGUCGUCGAGUCGCCGCGCCGACGAGUCAAUCCGCCUCCCAUUGACCGGAUCGGAAUGGGUCGUCUACCGAACAGCCGAGGAUAGACCACGCCCCCUCCCUCUGACAGCCCACCCCCUCUCUACAGCGCCCUCCUCUGGACAGAGGAUUCACCAGAUGCAUGAAACAGCCAAUCACCUGCCGAGCCACGCCUGUCAAUCAUCCACCUUCACUUCACCUGGACACGCCCCCCCCACACACACAGCGCUGAAUGUUUAACGAUGGUGCAUUCAGGUGCAGUUUGGUAAACGUAUCACAUAAGUCUGAGAAGUCAGGACCAAAGCAGCGAUACAAUGAAGUCCGAUCGAUUGAUUAUUGAUCGGAAAGUCUUAAAGAGAAUCUAAAACUGAUUUUAGUCACAUUGAAACUGAAGAGUCGGCUUUUAGAUUCUUUAAAAACUUCCUCAAAUGUUUAAAUAAAGACAAACGUUGUUGUUCACAUUAUGAUCAGGAAAACCGCCUUUAUUUUAUCUUUUUUUUUACAUAAAUCUCAACAUGAAAAUGUGUCUGCGGCAUCGUAAAGCGUCGCUAACAGCAACAUUAAAAACAACUUCCCACAAUUGAACUUCACAAAGUUUCACCACCUAUCACCUGAAUGCAUCAUCAGCCCCCCACCUGUGACUGGAGGCGUCCGCCGCCUCGACUGAACAUGUGACACGACUUGACUCUAGUUUCUGCCUCAGAGUAGUUUUUCUCCAGCGGUGCAGCCGGUCUGUUUACAGCAGGACGACACGCUGACAGACGUCUCCACCGCCAACCAACCAGCACGCCGCCGCCGCCACGGUGGCUGAAAGUUUAAGUUUUCUUUGAGCAGCUUCUAGUGACUGUCUCGUCAGUGGGAGUUUUAUUUUGAAAAUUGACCAGAUUCUCUGUUUCUGUCCUGAUUCUAGCGCAGUAAUACAUUGUCCUGUAGCACAUUGAUAUUUGAGUCAGUUUUGACCAGUACUGUAGUUACUGCGCUUCUCCUUUGUUAGGCAGCGUGCUCUGUGGAAUUCAGAGGAAGGAUGUGGUUAGCGUAGCUUAGCAUAAAGACUGGAAAAAGUUCAAAAACACACCAGUGACCAUAAA